AGCUCCUUUGAUAAGCAGCUUCCUGAACACUUUCAAACCGUGCUGUCAGACCGACACGCGCCGUGCCCGCGGGCCUGUGCCCCGACCGACGAGCCCACGCCACGGGGCCGCAGCUGCUUUUCCUCUGAUGGCUCCUUGAUGUCCCAGGAGCUGAUGGCCCCCCGUGUCCCCGUGCCACCCUUCAGGACGAGGGCUCCGUGGCUGCUGCAGCAUGGUCCAAGCCUGCUUGGUGAGCUCCAGAGUUCCUGAGGGCAGCCGGGCAGCCUGGGCAGCUGCAGCCACCAUGGACCAGCCAGACAAGCCCAGCCCCUCUGCCAAGAAGCACGUGAGGCUCCAGGAGAGGAGGGGCUCCAACGUGUCGCUAGUGCUGGACAUGAGCUCCCUGGGGAAUGUGGAGCCCAUCCAGCCUGUCUGCACGCCACGGGACAUCACGCUGCAGUUCCUGAGGACAUCCAGCCACGUGCUGAGGAAACAGGAGCUGCAGCAGCACGCCCAGAACCUGGCACAGCUCCAGGAGGAGUUUUCAAAAAUCCCACCCAACUUUGUGAGUCCGGAGGAGCUGGAAAUCCCUGGACAUGCCUUCAAGGACAGAUACAAAACCAUCUUGCCCAAUCCCGAGAGCCGGGUGUGCCUCAGGAGGGCGGGGAAGCAGGAGGAGGACAGCUACAUCAACGCCAACUACAUCACGGGCCAUGCGGGGCGGCCACGGGAGUACAUCGCCACGCAGGGCCCCAUGCUCAACACCGUCAGYGACUUCUGGCACAUGGUGUGGCAGGAGCAGGCGCCCCUCAUCGUCAUGAUCACCAAGCUCCAGGAGCGCAAGGAGAAAUGUGUCCACUACUGGCCUGAGAAGGAGGGCACCUACGGCCCCUUCACCAUCCAAGUGCAGGGGGUGAGCGAGCAUGCGGAGUAUGUGAUCCGGGACCUCUCCAUGCAGCUUGGGAAGGAAUGCCACAAGGUCAAACACAUCCUCUUCCCUUCCUGGCCGGACCAGCAAACRCCCGAGUCAGCUAAGCCCCUGCUGCACCUGGUGUCCAAGGUGGAGGAGACCCUGCAGGCUGCAGCCAGCCCAGGGCCCAUCGUGGUGCACUGCAGCGCGGGCAUCGGSCGCACCGGCUGCUUCAUUGCCACCAGGAUUGGGUGCCAGCAGCUGAGGGACAAGGGGGAGGUGGACAUCCUUGGCAUUGUGUGCCGUCUCCGCAUAGACAGGGGUGGGAUGAUCCAGACGAGCGAGCAGUACCAGUUCCUCCAUCACACRCUCGCUCUCUACGCUUCCCAGCUGCCAGAGGUGGGAGGCCGCUAGUGCAGGGCUCCCACAGGACUUCUGGCUCCCUGCUCUGGCCUCUCCUGCACCAGCCUUGGGGAUACUUUCACUGGGGAUAACUUCUGAUGCUGCYAGGCCACAGAGCAGCAGCAUGAACAUCCCUUGGGAUGAGUACAGCCGAACCCAUGGACACUGUGGCUUUGGACCCUGGGGAUGAGCGAUGUGUGCUGGUGCAGUGGGUGCUUGAGGUGACAUCGCUGCUGCCUCGAGGCAGAUUUCACCCACAGAAAGAAGCUUUGGCUUUGGAGAGGUGCAAGAUCCUGAAGCAGAAGAGCGAGCUGAGGAGGAACAGCAGUUGGCAGUGCCAG